AUGCCUGAUUGCGAUUUCAGUGGAUCUUCCUCCGGCGUCGUCACCGGCCAUCCCCGCCGUCGUCGCACGUCGCCGGCACCGCUAGAGCAAGCUGCUGCCGACUCGGGUCAACCCAGACCGAGCGGGCUCGAGAUCGGGGUCCGCGCGCAGCCACCGCUCCCCGCCGGCCGCGCCGCCCUCCAGUCAACUCCGACGACCUCCCGCUUUCCGUCCGGUCAUCCCCGCGCGCCGUCGGUCGCCACUCGGGCAUCCUGCGGCCUCCCAGGACUGGUGCGGGAUGAGGCCGAGCCAUCCUGGCCACCGCGCAUCACCGCCGCCCACUGCGGGGCGCAUCGCCUUCCCCUCGGCCUACGGCACCGGAUCGUCGCCGGCCCGACCUCCUCCGGCUGCCGCCGCGCCACCGGGAAGCUUGAACCCGAGAAGGAGUGGAGGGACUUGAUCUCUACCGCUGCGCCACCGGACGCCUCCCCCCACAAGCCAGCAGGUUCCCCGAACCCCACCGACCAGCCGCACCCUCCCCUGGCCGGACCGCCCGCCGUCCGGCAGCCGGUAGUCAACCCUAGCUUCCUCGGGUCUGGUAAUGCUAUUUUAUGCUCCAGCACUGAAUUCCGAGGUUCCGGUCACCUUUCCUGUGAUCUGAUAAGCCUCCUAAACUUUGGAAAGUGA